AGAAAGACAUUUGCGGCGCGGGGAAUAAGAGAUCCCCAAUUUCCUUUCUCCCUAGGGUUUCGGCCAGCUACAUUCUGCGAACCAUCCUUUUUUCCCGGCGGCCAUGGAUUCCAAUCUCACGACGCCGAUCUUCGGCCAUGAGCUUCUGGCUACGGAUGCUAAUCCCGAUCUAUCAAUGAGCGACGUCAAAUCGGCUCCGGGAUCUGGCUCCUCCUCGAGCAAAACUGAUCUUGGACCGGAGCCUAAGAAGCAGAAGACGAUGGAUGAAGCCACCGACGACGUCCAAGUCACAGAAGAAGAUGACGGCGACACCGACACCGACAUGGAGGAGAGUGAAGAGGAAGAGUCGACGUCGAUUAAGGUUGCUCGGAAGCCCCUGGUCCUUUUCCCUUCAGACGAAGAAGGCAUGGAGAAGUUGAGGCGUUUCCAUAAGGAGGUCAUCGAAAGCGAGGGAUUUGACUUCACCGAAUUUCCUCCGGUGGAUUGCAUUGUACACGGGGUUUCGCCUGUCAACUUGAAGAACGAUUAUUCGUUCAACAAUGUCCGCGAAUGCGUGGAUCACGUGGUUAACCAAGUGAAUGAAGCAGACAUUAAGGAGCUGAAGCUCGAAGCGGGUGAUAUUCUGAGGGCCAACCGGGUAGCUGUUGCGGGUAGCAAUUACUACAUCACAUUCAAGGCUACUAACGUGCUCUGCGCCGAUCCUAAAGACGCCGAGAAAGUGUAUCAAGCUCAAGUUUACCUGGACUUUCUGGGUAACUGCGAGACGCAUCUGCUACGUCUGAAAGGCCAAAAGGAAGCGAUUAUAGAAGACCCACGCCGACCCAAGCCACUCAUGUAACCCUGGAUUUGAACGACGAAGUUAUUUGCACUGUUUUCCUUGUCACACUCAGAGGCUACCACGACCUGUUGUCUUCCGAUCAUGAGCAUAUGCUUAGAGAACCUAUGGAGCCACUUGCUUCCAAGAAAGCAUCAAAUGAAUAAUUGCCUGGAUUUCCUCUGAUUCUAUUCUAGAUAUAUGGGAUUGAUUCCCCAUGGAGAAGAAGCUCAAGAGUUUGGGACGGAUUAAGCUUGAAAUUGGCGGAGGAUAUAGCUUUCACUACAUUGAUUGAUUUUGGAAACCACCAUCUCAC